UCCAACAUCCGCUGAAGCAGAGAGAGAGAGAGAGAGAGAGAGAGGGAGAGAGAGAGAGAGAGAGAGAGAGAGGGCAGAGUGGGACUAAGAGAAGCUGUCAAAGGAAGGAAAAACAUUUGUUUCAGACAUUUUUCUUUAUUUUCGACCAGCAGAGGGAAAUCCAAGCAGUGUGUGUGUUGACUGUGAUGUUCAAACAAGGCGGGGCUGACCCUUCUGUCCCAUUUUGGACGGAGCACCAGUCCCGCAGGCAGUGAGGAGCCCCGCUGCUGCUGUUUCUGUUUCUGCUGUUUUAAGGUUUUGAAGAAGACGCGGACAUGAAUUCGGCCGAGCAGACGGUUACUUGGCUCAUCACGCUCGGAGUCCUGGAGUCCCCGAAGAAGAGCAUCUCUGACCCGGAGGCUUUCCUGCAGACGUCCCUGCAGGAUGGAGCGGUGCUGUGCCGGCUGCUGGAGCGACUCAGACCCGGGACGGUGGACAGGUUCUUCCAGGAGCCGAGGAACGACAGCGAGUGUCAGAGAAACAUCAGCGAGUUUAUUAAAGGCUGCGGGGCUUUCAGUGUGGAGGCUUUCGAGGUGAACGACCUCCUGCAGGGGCUGAACUUCUCCAAGGUCCUAAACUCCCUGGUCGUGCUGAACAAAGCGACGGAAGAAUCUGGUGUUUCUGAAGACGACGUGUGCGUGCCGCCCUCCUCUUCAUUGAGGAUCAAAUCUUUCGACUCUUCCAACACUCAGCCUCGCUCCUCUAAACUGCUGCAGCCUCAGUACCGGAGUCUGGACAUGUCGGAGGGCGCUGGCUGCGGCCACACCCUGGUCAAAGCGCGCUUCCCCUUCCAGCAGACCAAUGAGGACGAGCUCUCCUUCUCCAAAGGUGACAUCAUCAGCGUGAGCCGGCAGGAGGACGGCGGCUGGUGGGAAGGCUCAGUCAACGGCAAGUCUGGGUGGUUCCCCAGCAACUACGUCCGGGAGCUGAAAGGAGGCGAUAAAACAUUAGAGAGGCAGAAGUCUGGCACUCUGAAGAGUCCGCCCAAAGGUUUUGACACGACCAUCAUCAGCAAGACGUACUACAAUGUGGUCCUGCAGAACAUCCUGGAAGCAGAGAGUGAAUAUUCGAGGGAGCUGCAGAGUCUGCUGGGUUCAUACCUGCGCUCGCUUCACCCCACAGACAGACUCACCAGCGUCGACAUCGGUCACAUUCAGGGAAAUCUGGAGGAGAUCUCGACCUUCCAGCAGAUGUUGGUUCAGUCGUUGGAGGAGCACACAAAACUUCCAGAGAGUCAGCAGAGGAUCGGCGGUUUCUUCCUCAAUCUGAUGCCUCAGAUGAAGAUCAUCUACGUGGCGUACUGCUCCACCCACCCGUGUGCGGUCAGCGUCCUCACACAACACGGUGAGGAGCUGGGGGAGUACAUGGAGUCAAAGGGGGCGUCCACUCCGGGGAUCCUGACUCUGACCACCAGUCUGAGUAAACCCUUCACUCGACUGGAGAGAUACCCGACGCUGCUCAAAGAACUGGACAGACACAUGGAGGAGCAGCACCCUGACAAAGCCGACCUCCUUGCUGCUCUUUCAGCCUUUAAAGACUUUGCAGCUCAGUGUCAGGAUGUGAGGAAGAAGAAGGACCUUGAGUUGCAGAUUUUAACCGAGCCAAUCAGAAACUGGGAGGGCGACGACAUCAGAGCCCUGGGCCCCGUCCUCCACAUGUCCCAGACCACCGUCCACACGCAGAACUGUCAGGAGUCAAACGAGCGAUACCUCGUCCUGUUUCCUCACACUCUGCUCAUGCUCUCUGCCAGUCUGAGGAUGAGCGGAUUCAUCUAUCAGGGGAGGAUACCGCUGUCAGGAAUACUGAUAUCCAGAAUAGAAGACGGAGAUAACCUAAAGAACGCUUUUGAGAUAUCAGGUGCAGGUGGUCAGUGCGAGCGGAUGCAGGUUGCUUGUAACAAUCAGCACGACCUGCAGGACUGGCUGGACCUCCUCACAAAACACACACACACUCCGGCUGUGCACACACACACGCACAAGCCUCAGUCUGUGUGUCACACACUGCCCUCUCAACCCGUCACUCCGUCCAGACACUCAGAGUCUCGAGGAGGCAGCGGCUCAGGAAACAACUACCACACACUCCCACAUCCAUCUUCACUCGGCACCACACACACCAGCAGCAGCAGUCCGACGUGGGGGCCCCUGGAGCCUCCGAGCACGCCCAAACCCUGGAGCCUGAGCUGCCUCCGCCCUGCGCCUCCUCUCCGGCCCUCUGCUGCGCUCUGCCAGAAGGAGGAUCUGAGUAAAAGUCCAAAGAACAUGAAGAAGCUUCUCCCAAAGAGGAAACCAGAGAGGAAACCUUCAGAGGAGGAUUUCUCAGUCAGAAAAAGUACGGCCGCUCUGGAGGAAGACGCUCAGAUUCUGAAAGUGAUCGAAGCGUACUGCACGAGCGCCAAGACACGCCAGACUCUCAACUCCACCUGGCAAGGGACUGACCUCAUGCACAACCACGUGCUCGCUGACACCAGCCUCACUGUCACGGGUAACCCUGGUAACCCGCCGUGUUCUGACCAAUCAGAGGACUCCGAUUAUGACAGUAUCUGGACGGCCACUAGUUACAGGACGGCCUCGUUUUCUCGCUCCAGCAGGCAGAACGUCCACAUGUUGUUCCCGGAGGAGGAGAAGAUCAUCGUGGAGGAGACAAAGAGCAACGGACAAACCGUGGUGGAGGAGAGGGGUCUGGUGGACACCGUGUACUGCCUGAAAGAUGAAGUCCAGGAGCUCAAACAGGACAACAAGAGGAUGAAGAGGACGCUGGAGGAGGAGCAGCGAGCGAGGAAGGAGCUGGAGAGAAUCAUCCGGAGAGUUCUGAAGAGCAUGAACGACCCCACCUGGGACGAGACUAACCUCUGAGACGUUAGGACGAGACUAACCUCUGAGACGUUCGGACGAGACUAACCUCUGAGACAUUCGGACGAGACUAACC